AUGACUAUCCAAUACGUUAUCGGAGAUAUGUACAGCAACAACAGAAGAAGCCCACGUGAGGAUAGACUGUACGAGAGACCGUCAGCCAAAAAUGCUCAGGGUCUGUUUCCCCCAGAUGCCUGUGUCUUCGUUGGCAAUCUUUCGAUCAAAGUUUCUCUUGACACCCUAACCGAAGACUUGGGGGACAAAUUUUCCUGCUUUGGCCGAUGCCAUGUAAAGAUUAAGCAGGACAAAAAGAAAGGACUGCCUGGCGCUUUUGUGCAGUUCGAGGAAGUUGAUGCUGCCAGCGCUGCCUUGGCCUGGAAUGAGUGCACCGUGAUGCACGAUCGUUGGCUCAGAGUUGAAAGAGCCAGAGGAAGAAGAACCGCCGUUAUUGGCCUACGCUGCAUGACCCCUAUGUCCCAUGAAGACCUGGCGUUUGUUCUCAACGGACGUGGCCCUGUUGAAGCCUACGGCUUCGAGCCCCAUGUGAUCAAUGAGUGGUUUUGGACUUUCAUUGCCAAAGUGACCUUUGCCUAUGUCGAUGACUGCAAAGACAUGGUCAAGCGCUUCUUAUGGGAUGAAAGAUACUACGUCGUCUUGCUCGACGACGACGGUAGUCCCAUGGUGCCACCUACAAACCCGAACCAAUACGACAACAACUUUGCCCUUACCAGAUAUCGCCAAAAGGCUGUUCAGGAGGCCAUGCGCGACAACCCUCCUGUCAGAAAACCACUCGACUCUCAGUACCAGCCUAUAACCGGCCGCACGAUCGAAGAAUACGUCCAGGCUCAUGUCAAGGAGAGCCAGACUUAUAUGAACCCAGUGGCCGUCAACGAGGUCAUCAGGGACCUGGAGAUAACCUGGAAGGCCAAGCACGACAUGGCCGAAUGGUUCGAGCUGGCGGCCACUAUCGACGACUCUGAAUAUGAGUCUGAAUCUGAACCCGUUCUCGUAUGGGAGUUUGACUCUGGAUAUGACGAGAAUGAAUCUGAAAUUGAACCUACUUCAUAUGAUGAUAAUUAA